UCAGUCGUGCGUUGGAAGUGUAGAAAUCGAGUAGGCUUGGCGUGUGGUAAAUACGCGGAGUGUUCUUUCACAAUAUUAUCUUAGUGUGCUAGAUGAUCGUCAAUUUUUUUUUUUUUGUGAUAAAACAAGUGAAUGAAUAGCUGUGUAUAAAUGUAUUGUUUCUUUUUGGAUGAGAAAGGAAACUGGGGGAAAUAGAGAAAAAAACAAACAAAUGUCGUGACAGAUAAAUCCAUCAAGUAUUGUUUCGUGACAGGGUGUCCACUCGACUCGCCAUCACCAACUCGGACCCUCAACACGUCAUAAUUUUAAUUUUUUGAGUUUUUGAUUUUUUGUUGUGGUUUUUAAUUUUUUGUAAAAAAAAAAACAAUGGAGCGCGAGUCCAAUCCAAUGCAAGCACUUUGCCGUUCCGGAUGUGGAUUUUACGGAAGUCCGGCGACGGAUGGUCUUUGCUCACUCUGUUAUAAGGAGGCCCUCAAGAAAAAACAACAACUUCCAUCCACUCCUACAAGUCUUAGCGCCCUUAGGGACACAACAACGGCCCAAACAACAAUCAAUCAUUUAACGUCUCCCCCCGUUUCGGAACUUUCCGUCGAGAGUGUGGAAGAAGCCGCCGCUGGUCCGAAUUCGUCCGAUGUGUCAUCGUCGGAAUUGGAGCAAAACGGUGAAGAGAAAGAUGCCGAUAAAGACGCCAAAAAGAAGAAAAAUCGUUGUGCUACGUGCCGCAAGAAGGUUGGCCUGACUGGUUUCGAGUGCCGUUGCGGAGGUUUGUUUUGUGCGAUCCAUCGAUACAGCGAUAAACACGACUGCAGUUUCAACUAUCGAGAAAUGGGGGCGCAAGAAAUCCGACGUAACAAUCCUGUGGUCGUCGGUGAAAAAAUCCAAAAAAUAUGAACCCCGCCACACAGUGCCAUGCACCAAAAAUCACCACAUCCCGCCUAAAACAAAAGUGUGUGUGUAUGUAUUUAUGACGCUGCGGGGUGGGUGUUAGUGCGAGAAAGUGACAUCUAGUGUUAAAAUUGCCACCCUUUUUGAAAAAAAUUUUUUUUCGGAUUAUAAAUAAAUAAUGAAAGUAUAGAAUCCAUGUAUUUUAAGCUUUUUUGAUUUUGUUGUUGUGUAUAUAGUCGGACUAUACGAAAGCCGGGGUUUAAAAAUGGCUGAUUUUCUGUCUAUUUUAGUUAAUUUUUGUUUAGGAGUGGAAUAAUCAAUGUUUUUGUUUCAAUGUUGCCAACACUGUGGAAAAAGUUAGUGUCGUCGAGUGCAUAGAGAACGGGAGUGUUCAUUUUAUUGUGACACUUAAUUUCGUUGAGCUUUUCAUGUAUAUUUAGAAUUUUUCUCUACAUGUAGAAGAGUGGAAAUUAUACAAAAACUUAAUGGA